AUGGACUACCCCAGUCUCAUUUUCUCCCAAAUGGGUGGCUUUCUUAUCGAAGACAUUACUCUUUGGAACGCUAUGAUCAGAGGCUAUGCCUAUAAUGGUCCCCAGCGGAAUUCCAUAUCAAUGUUUGAUGAAAUGCCUCACAGAGGACUUAAACCCAAUAAAUUCACGUACCCAUAUGUUUUGAACUCUUGCACUCGACUGGGUUUGUUUAGAUUAGGCCAAAAAAUGCACUGUCAGAUUAUAAAGACUGGGUUCCAGCUCGUGCUUUCGGCUGCUUAUGCUCUUUUUAGUUUCUAUGCAGAUACAUGUGAUUCUUCUGAUAUGGGUUUUCCGAAAAAAGAAAUGUUAAAUAAUGCUAGGAGGACUUUAGACGGAAUUUGUGGAGUUCCAGCAGAAUUGUGCAACAGAUUCAUUUCUGGGUGUGUGAAAUUUGGUGACGUUGAAUGUGCGAGAGAGUUCUUUGAUCAGAUGAGUGAAAGGGAUGUCGUUUCAUGGAAUUCGAUGAUUUCAGGUUAUGCUAAAACUGGGGACGUAGCAAAUGCGAGAGAUUUAUUUAUGCAGAUGCCAGAGAAGAAUGUGGUGUCCUGGACUACAAUGAUCAAGGCAUAUGCUGCUGCUGGAGAUCUCCAAACAGCAAGAAAGAUUUUCGAGAUGAUGCCCGAGAAGAAUCUGGUUUCUUGGAACUGUAUGAUUUCGAGCUACGCACAGAAUAAACAAUUUCAGGAUGCAUUGCGCCUUUUUGAGCAUAUGCGUAAACAAGGUGUGGUAGCAGAUGGAUUUACAUUUGUUUCAGCUCUCUCUGCUUGUUCUCACCUAAAUGCUCUGGAUUUUGGCAGAAUGGUGCACUCCUGUAUAACAGAUUGGGGUAAUGCAGCUGUUAUUGUUGGGACUGCCCUUGUAGAAAUGUAUGCCAACUGUGGAGAUAUUGAUAAAGCAUUUACAAUCUUUUUUAAAACAGGGAACAAGGAUGUUUUCUGUUUUAACGUUAUGAUCAAGUCUCUGGCUGUUCAUGGAAGAGUAGAAGAUGCCGUCAAAAUCUUUUAUUUGAUGCAACAAAGGGGAUUGAAGCCAAAUGACUUCACAUUUACCAGUGUGUUAUUUGCUUGUAGUCAUGGAGGUUUAGUGGAAGAAGGCCAGAAUAUUUUUCAUAGCAUGGAUAGGCAGUUUAGGGUUAGUCCAAAGCUUGAACACUAUGGUUGUCUGGUAGACUUACUGUGCCGAAGGGGCCAGCUCGAGGAAGCAUUGGUUCUAUUGAAGGAGAUGCCCUUCAAACCUGAUGUUGCUAUCUGGGGUGCACUGUUGGGUGGUUGCAAGUUAAGAGGCGACCUAAAGUUAGCAGAGAGUAUUACAAGUUGUAAUGCUGACAAGUUGGAGUCAAAUGAAUCCGGAGUCUAUGUGACUGUAUCAAAUAUUCAUGCAUCAGCAGGUCAGUGGUUGGAGGCCUUUAAUGCAAGAGAAAAGAUGGAGGAGCAGAACAUGUGGAAGACAACAGGGAUCAGCAAUUUAGUAAUCAAUGGUGAUACCGACUUGUAA